AUGCUGUCCAAUCUUCAAAUACUUGAAUUAUGUGCAUCUGGAAAAGCUUUAAGAACUCCUUUACGUUUACUUAAUCGUGUUAAACAUUACGCUUAUGGCGAUAUUGAAAAGCUUAAUGAACAAGUGGCGACUCAUUUCAAUACCUGGUCAUUUAUUGUCUUGCUAAAUUUAGACGACCAAAACUCGCAUAUCGAUUUAGACUACCUAAAAGAACAAGGCUGCAAAGAAGUUAUUGCAUCUAAAAUAAAAUCAGCUAUUAUUCAAUUUUUGAGAGCUGAUGCUGCAAAAAGAUUAUCAUUGGGUGAUAUAAUUGGUUCACAGCAUCGGAUGUCGCAAGCUCAUAGUUUUGAACGCCAAAACUUGACAGAUGACCAGGCCGUUCCUUGUCAUGUUCUAAUUAUUCCACUGAAUACAAAUAUCGACAAUUUACUCGAUUUUCAACCGCGUUUCUUACAACAAUGUAAUGAUCUAUGUCCUGAUUAUGAGCCAACAGUUUGUACAAUUUAUGACUAUUUACCUCAAAAUGAAAGUGGUGAAUUUGAUCGAAAUCCAGAUGCAGCUCUUCUUUGUAAUCAUGUGAAACGGCUGUCACUGAUUCGCGUGUAUCUUAUUGGAAAUGAAGCAUAUAUUCGAAAUUCGAUGUGCAAAUAUUUUUUCCAAUGUGAAUCACAUGCUACGAAUCUGGUAGGAUACAAUGAAACAUAUACACUUGUUGAAAACGAACCAAUUGGUGCUAAUAUAAUGAAUGAUUUAAACCGCAUCAUAAAUGUUGAACUACCAGUAACGCGUGUCAUCAAAAAGUUACGUGAAAUCGCAGAUGAUCCUCAUUUUUACGGCGCUCUUGAGUGUUCUAAUGCUAAUCUUGAACGACGGGAAAGGCCUGCGGUUCGUCCAGACACCCCCGAAGGAUAUAGCUCCACAUAUCAUCAAAGCACACAAGCUGAAGCUGGCCCUAAUACUCAACUUGAAGAUGCUAAUGAUGGUGAUAUUGAUGCGAAAAUUUCAAAAUAA